AUGGGCGUGCCGGACCGGGCUGCACUGCCAAUUGUAGCACGUCUCCUCGAUCUGCCCUACGACGCCCCGGGAUCUCAAGUCGAAUCUCUGGUGAAGCCGGAGCUUGUGGACUGGCAGCUCGAGCCGCGGCAUGCGACCAAGGUGCUCUCGCGCUUGGCCCGGGCCGGCCGGGUGCGUCUCUGCCGCCAGGUGCUGCAGGCGAUGCGCCGGGGUCAGGUGCAGGCGAAUGUCUUCCAUUACAGCGCGGGAAUCAGUGCCUGCGAGCUUACCUCUGCUUGGGAUGCUGCGAUCGACAUGGUCUCUUCGCUGCCAAGCAUGCGCCUGAUGCCCGACAUUGUAGUGCUGAACACAGCUGCCAGCACUUGCGGGCAGCCUGGUCGCUGGCAGCCGGCGCUCCAUUUGCUUGGAUCCACCACUGGCAUGGAUCUCGAGGCUGACAUUAUCAGCUUCAACGCGUCCCUCGGCGCCUGUGGCACUGCGGGACGCUGGCGCGAGGCUGCAGGGCUCCUCUUCGAAGCAGCUGUGGGAGCUGUCAAAGCAAGCCCAGUGACGCUGAAUGCGACGAUCGAUGCUUGCGCUGAGCAGUGGGACACAGCUUUGAAGCUCCUGGAGUUCAUGAAGGUAUCGCUGCUAGAAGCCACCUGCAUUUCGUUCAACUCCACUAUCAAUGCCUGUGAGAAAGGGGCGGCCUCCUUCCGGCCAGCUGCGCGGGAGAUGAUUCGUGAUGACAUCUCCGGGCCUUCUUCGCUGUCGGACUGGCCCAGAGCCACAUUUCUGCUGGAUGCCAUGCGCCAGAGAGGGCUGCUUCCGGACAUCUUCGGCUUCAACUCGGCAGUCAGCGCGUGUGAGAAAGCGGUUGCUGGAUGGGAGGUGCCACUGCAACUGCUUCAGCAGAUGGAGGACUUGAGGGUGGCGAAGGACGUCGUGAGUUACAGCAGCACCAUCAGUGCGCACGAGAAGGUUGGCCUCUGGGAAGCUUCUUUGGGACUUGUCUGGCAGCUGCCGAAAGCAGAAGUCUCGCCAAAUUGCUUCACAUUCAACGCUGUCAUGGCAGCUUGCGCCGUUUGGGCGCCGCCGCGACGUCGGGCCUCGUUGGCUUUGGGGCUGCUCCGGGAGAUGAGAGGAGUGCGAGUCCGUGCCGAUGUUGUGACCUACAAUGCCCUGCUUCGUACCGCUUGCAUCGACGACGGGUUGGAGGAAGAGCUCGAGAAGCUAGUUGCGCAGGCCGUGAAACCAAACAUGGUUUCCUACGGCACCGUCCUGGAUUUCUGCCGCAUGUACGGACGAUGGAAGCGUGG